CCCACUGCCACAACCAUGCUGCGCCAAAUCAUUGGUCAGGCUAAGAAGCAUCCAAGCUUGAUCCCCCUCUUUGUAUUUAUUGGAGCUGGAGGUACUGGAGCAGCGCUGUAUGUCAUGCGCCUGGCAUUGUUCAAUCCAGAUGUCUGUUGGGAUAAAAAGAAUAACCCAGAACCCUGGAACAAAAUGGGUCCCAAUAAGCAAUACAAGUUCUACUCAGUGAAUGUAGAUUACAGCAAACUGAAGAAAGAAGGACCAGACUUCUAAAUGAAAUGUUUCACUAAAAAGCUGCUUAGAAUGAAGGUCUUCCAGAACCCAUCCGCACAAUUUUCCACUUAACCAGGAAACAUUUCCCCUCCAAAUGCACAAAAUCAUGUUGGUGUGUUAUGUUGGGGUUUACACUGAUUAAUAAAUAUCUG